CUUGCUACUCAUCCAAAUGAACAACUCAAAUUACAAGAACAUAUCGAUUCUUAUUUUAAUCCAGAUACAGAUGAUGAUGCACCAAGCUAUGAAACAAUCUUGAAAAUGGAAUAUUUAGAUACACCGUGA